AUUUGUGCCAGCUGUUAUGAUAACGCCAUUCAGCGGUAGAUUUCUAAAAGGAUUCUUGUGUAGUGGUGAAUUUGAAUCAAUUAACAUCCUGUUCAUCUACAAUCUAUUAUAGAUAAAUCAGGAUGAGUACGGGAAUGCCGGAGCUGGGCUCCAAAAUAAGUCUAAUAUCUAAGGCAGAUAUUAGAUAUGAGGGACGUUUAUUUACUGUUGACCCCCAAGAAUGUACUAUAGCUUUAUCUUCCGUGAGGUCUUUUGGAACUGAAGAAAGGGAGACAUCAUGUCCUAUUCCAGCACAGAAUCAAGUAUACGAUUACAUUUUAUUCCGUGGGUCAGACAUCAAAGAUAUAAGGGUGCUUAACAGUGUUCCACCACAAGCUCUCAAUGAUCCUGCUAUAAUGCAGCUCUCGGUACCUCCAUCAUUAGGUCAUCAGCAGUUUGGGGGACACCCUGUUGUUGGACACAUGUCUGUUCCAUCGAUGGCACAAUAUGGAGGAGCAUUCGGAGGUAUGGGAAUAGGUACCAUGCCCAGUGGUUUAGCUCCUGGCAUGGGUGUACCUAAUAGAGGCUUAUCAAGUAAACAAAGUGAGUUGAUCAUGCCAGGUUCUACUACUGAAUGUGUCAAUGUAAUUUCUCCACACGUUGAACCCAUCAGGCCCACUACAAAUGAUGCAUUUUUAGAUAACAUAAUUGGAGCCUCCAGAAGUACAACACCAGUCAGUUUACAUUCUCAUAAGUCAUCAGGUGUUGACCAAAGUGUACAAACGGGAAAUUCCUCUAAGAAAGACGAUAAAAAAGGUUCAAUGCAGGGUCAAAAUCAACAAAGGAACGAUUCUAGAAGGAGAGGUUCAAGGUCACAAGAUAGGAAGGAUACUAGGGGUCAAUCUUUAGGAACUGGCGAUGGGCAGGAUCAAUCACAGAAUCGUCAGCAAUACAAUAGGGGUAUUAGGAACCAGAAUUACCAAAAUUAUGGCUAUCAACCCAGAGAUCAGGGUAUGAACCAGAGGGGUGGUUGGAUUCAAAGAGGACCCCCAAGACCACGUGGUGGCAAUAGGCCGAGAGGAGGACAGGGUGGCUACCGACCUAUGAAUCAGAAUCAAGGUGGACUGAAUCCCAAUCAACAGGGUGGUAGGAAGAAGAACACACUCAAAUUUGACAAUGAUUAUGAUUUCGACAAAGCGAAUACAGAAUUCGAAGAAUUACGAAGUCAGUUGUCAAAAUUGAAAAUAGACGAAGCUAGCACUACAGUUCCCCCAAAACCUGAAGUACCUGUCGUCACUACUCCUACCGUCGUCAAUGGAGAAAGUGAGAAAAAAGAUGAUUCUGGUAAUGAGACUGGAGCAGGUGAAACGGAGCAAGAAGAAGAACACGAGGUAUUUUACGAUAAGAAGAAAUCCUUCUUUGAUAAAAUAUCAUGUGAGGCAGUCGAGAGGGCCAAGGGUAAAACGCAAAGGACGGAUUGGCGUCAGGAACGAAAGCUCAAUUCGGAAACGUUUGGAGUUGCGGCGACUCGCAGAGGAAAUUUCAGAGGGCGUGGUGGUUUCCGAGGAGGUAUGGGUUAUAGAGGUGGCUUCAGAUCGGGAUACAGGCCUCAGCAGCAACGGAGGGAUCAAGGAGGCCCAGGUAAAGUGACCUAUCCGAUUUUGCAUUACAAGGUACCUUCUCGCACGUCGGUUGUAGAAGACGCUCCUUCUGAAAAAACCACAGUUGUCGAUUCGACAGAGACCAAGGUCCAAGAGGUCGAACCACCUAAAGUGGAAGUUCUUGACUUGACCAAUUUGAUCGAGACGAUCGAAACAUGUACUGGGCUUGCUGAGGAAUCGGCCAACCAAACGAACAACCCGGCCGUUGAAGUUGAAGUCGACGCCAACAAUUGAUCUGAGGGGAAGAGAAAAAUUGCUGACACAGGAAGGAUUAUUCUAAACUGACUGAUUGCAAAUCGAAAAAUACAAUAUCAGUAGUUCAGGUAUAUAUUGAGAAUUCUGUGAUUUCUUGGUACGCAAAAUCCAUGCAGGGAAUAUGGAUCUUGUUUUAGUAUUUCAUCAAAAUUAUGUCCUGGCGUCAGUGUUAAAUUAUAAUUGAAAAAGCGUACCGUAAGUGAUAAAACUUUUAUUUUAUAUAAAAAAAAGGCAGAAAAUUUAAAAAGAAUGUGGUUGUAUUAACUGCCAAUUAGGAGUAAUUAUUUCUUUUUUUAAUUAAAGUCAAACGAAAGGUUCAGUUAGAACAAUUUUUGAGUUUUUCGGAAAUGUAUGUUUGAUUUAAUGUGGGUGAAAUUAUUUUCUGUGGAAAAAUUUUGGUUCUAACUGGUUGACCUCAAAUUCACAAAAUCUGAUUGUAUUUAAAACAUUCGUUGUUAUAAUAUAUUGAAAUAAUAGGUACUGUUAAUCAUAGACUUUGUAAUAAUGUAAUAAAUUUGAAUAAUUGUGAAAUAAAACUUCGUAUUAAAA